AAUCUAAUGCUGAUGAUGUUUAUUUUCCUUGCGCCAAGUAAAGCCGAGGAUAUAAAAUCAAAUGAGGUAACAUCCGACGAAGAUUCAUCUGAGGAGAUAAACAAACUUUGGAGAAAGUAUGGGGAACUGAAAGCUGACGUUGACGCAUUAAAGGCCAAACAUCAGAAAGACGAAAUGGGUUCCUCAUGCGAAGAUUCCUCGGAAGAGAGUGAAGAAAAUGGAAAAUCAGGAGAUGGUAAAGACAACAAAGACCAAGAAGAGGAUGCACUAAAGAGACAAUUUUUUGAAAAUAUUAUUGGACACCAAAAUGACACUAUAGAAGUGAAGGACGAGGAAGGAUUUUCUACUUUUCCGUUAGAAGUAACAUCUGUCCAAAUAUCCAGGACCGUCACCGAAUACAGGGCGUGUACAGCUCAGAUUGAGGCUCCCGCGAGGACAUAUUUUGUAUGCAGCUGGACAGAUCUAAUGGAUGAUAUUACUCCGGUUUCUCUGCUUGCCAUUAAUGGGAAUUCAACAAUACCAUUUCCAAAACUAUUCCGUGAUGAUGGGAAAUAUAAUGUCACCUGCUACACCACUGCAUCCUUUCUAUUCAUGACGGCUUACAUCGACCAGAGAAAAUCUGUAUCAGUAGUUUGCGAUAUGAGAACAGAAGGCACGAGUAGUGAUUUUGAGGCAAUGUCUAUGAAGUAUAAAACAAAUGAAAGAAUGGUUGAAAAUGAAGUGACCAAGACACAAGUUGAUUUUAAACUUUUACAAAAGGCGGGAGAAAAUGGAGAAGAUAUCGACUAUAGCAGCACAUUGUACUGGAUCAAUGGAAGUGUUUACUUACGUGACAGAGAUAGAAAUCCUGAGGAAAAAAUUAAUUUUAUUAAAUCGGCAAGUAGCGAUUCAAUCACAAGGGUUACCUUUGAGACAAAGACGAACAAUGUUGCAAAUUUGCGAGGCAAUAUGAAUGUAUUUAUGAGUGUUCGGCCAACAAAUCAGAUGUCACAUGGAAUAAGAUACAGGAUGGGUAUUCCGCCAGAAAAUUCUCUCAUAGAUGUCAACCUAAAAGGAGAAUUGGCCUUUAAGGAGACGACCUCCUCUACUUUCCUGUACGGUAAAGUCGGCUCUGUUACAUGUAGGGUUGUUGGAAAUCCUUUGCCAUAUAUAGAGAUUUUGAAAAACAAAGGCAAUCAACAAGAAAAACUGAACUUGUCCUACACAUAUUUUAAUGGGAUAUAUCUGACAGCAUCUAAAGUAUGGGAGAAGGUGGACAACGACGUAGCCGGAAAUUAUACGUGUAAGGCUAUUUCCGAUCAGGAGAUUUUACAGACUACAUUUAGAAUCUAUGUCGCACCGGUAGCGUUGAUUGAGAACACAGUCAUUAUUAAAAAUGGUAGUAUUGUAACAGUUACCAUUGAGGCAUCGUCCUCUGGAAAUGGAGAUAUAGUUAUAUUGUGUACGGAAGAAAACUCUGAAGGGAUAUUAUUAUUAUCAGAGCGCUAUUAUCAGGAUGUUCAUAAAUAUGAGGGAAACGAGGAUACUCUAACCAGUAAGCUGGAAUAUUACAGACCAAUGGUGAUUGGGUUUUCUAAAAAUCAACGGACUUCUUCUGAGAACACCACACAAAUGACAUACACCAUUGUUUUAGAUUCUACAAUGGAAGUAAAUCCACCGUCACAGAUUGCAUGUACCACUUUGGAUCCUGCUGUCUCUAUACCCGUCAAAUGGUUACUAGUGUCUCUUAACAUCACAUCAAAAAAGAGUUAAAGAAUGUGUGUUUUCAAUACAAACUUUUAAAGACAAUUUAAGUCUUAUUUUGCACUCCUGUCAAAGACCUAUAUAAAUGCAUAUAAUGAUUGAAAUGUUUUGUAUUGGGAAUACAAUA